AAGCCAUGGGUAGCUGUUGUAGCUGUCCAGAUAAAGACACCGUCCCAGAUAACCAUCGGAACAAGUUUAAGGUCAUUAAUGUGGAUGAUGAUGGGAAUGAGUUAGGUUCUGGCAUAAUGGAGCUUACAGACACAGAGUUGAUUUUAUACACCCGUAAACGUGACUCAGUAAAAUGGCACUACCUCUGCCUGCGACGCUAUGGCUAUGAUUCAAAUCUUUUUUCUUUUGAAAGUGGUCGAAGGUGUCAAACUGGACAAGGAAUCUUUGCCUUUAAAUGUGCUCGUGCAGAAGAGUUAUUUAACAUGUUGCAAGAGAUUAUGCAAAAUAAUAGUAUAAAUGUGGUGGAAGAACCAGUUGUAGAAAGGAAUAAUCAUCAGACAGAUUUGGAAGUCCCCAGAACACCUCGAACACCUACAACUCCAGGGUUUGCUGCUCAGAACUUACCUAAUGGAUAUCCCCGAUAUCCCUCGUUUGGAGAUGGUUCGUCUCAUCCUUCAAGCAGACAUCCUUCAGUAGGAAGUGCACGCUUGCCUUCAGUAGGUGAAGAAUCUACACAUCCUUUGCUUGUGGCUGAGGAACAAGUACAUACUUAUGUCAACACUACAGGUGUGCAGGAAGAACGGAAAAACCGAACAAGUGUGCAUAUCCCAUUGGAGGCAAGGAUUUCUAAUGCUGAAAGCAGCACACCGAAAGAGGAACCAAGUAGUAUUGAAGACAGGAACCCUCAGAUUCUUCUUGAGCCUGAAGGAGUCAAGUUUGUUUUAGGACCAACUCCUGUUCAAAAGCAAUUAAUGGAAAAAGAGAAACUGGAGCAACUUGGAAGAGAUCAUGUUAGUGGAAGUGGAGCAAAUAACACAGAAUGGGACACUGGUUAUGACAGUGAUGAACGAAGAGAUACACCCUCUGUUAAUAAACUAGUGUAUGAAAAUAUAAAUGGGCUAUCUAUCCCUAGUGCCUCAGGGGUCAGGAGAGGUCGUCUGACAUCCACCAGUACCUCAGAUACCCAGAAUAUCAACAAUUCCGCUCAGAGGAGAACUGCAUUAUUAAACUAUGAAAAUUUACCAUCUUUGCCUCCUGUUUGGGAAGCCCGCAAACUAAGUAGGGAUGAAGAUGACAACUUAGGACCAAAGACUCCAUCUCUAAAUGGCUACCAUAAUAACCUAGACCCAAUGCAUAACUAUGUAAAUACAGAGAAUGUAACAGUACCAGCAAGUGCUCACAAAAUAGAAUAUUCAAGGCGUCGGGACUGUACACCCACAGUCUUUAACUUUGAUAUCAGACGCCCCAGUUUAGAACAUAGGCAGCUCAAUUAUAUACAAGUUGACUUGGAAGGUGGCAGUGAUUCUGACAACCCUCAGACUCCAAAAACGCCUACCACUCCCCUUCCACAAACCCCUACCAGGCGCACAGAGUUGUAUGCUGUGAUAGACAUCGAGAGAACUGCUGCUAUGUCAAAUUUGCAGAAAGCACUGCCACGAGAUGAUGGUACAUCGAGGAAAACUAGACACAAUAGUACUGAUCUGCCCAUGUGA